ACUACAAGUGUCAGUAAAAAAAAAACAAUCUGUUAUUUUGAAUCGGGCGUUUGCUUCGCUGCGAUGAUUGUGUUUUGAUACUAUUUUAAUACGCUUUUUGUCAUAAAUAAGUGAAAAUGUUCGGGAAAUCUAAGAAAACUGUGUCUGUGGCAUAUAAGGAAAAGCUUCUAGCAGAAAUCGCUCACUAUGAGAAACGAAUAGAAGAGGCGUUGAACAAGCGGAAGCAAAAUUUCUUCGAAGACGAAAGCUUUGAAGAUGUGAAGAAUCCAUACAAGUUCAAGAUCCAACCGUCUCAGUAUGAGCUGAAGCAGCAGGAAGCCAGCUUGAACGAACAAGUCAGGAUGACGCUGGAACUUUCAAAGUUGACCAUCAUGCAGUCCGAGGUUAAUGUUAUGGUCACACCUCCGGAAGUCAGGAAACCAGUGCAAGAGGAUGGCGUUUGGCACGAGGUGGCGGCGGAGUGCAAGAUUGACCUAGUCUCUUUCACUAUCAUGUUUUAUGCUCAUAAGCCGCACCGCAAAUUCGCGCCGACCCGCUACAGAAACCUGGCAGUAACGUUGCUAAAGCCAGCUCAUCAGUUAGAGCUAACACAGAGCAUACUACCAAAGCUUCAACUACCCAACCUCGCUCUGCAGGUGUUAAAGAGCUACGCGACAGCAGCCCGUUCCCGUCGCACCACGCUGCUGGACUUGGCCGAGAGAUAUGCCGACAAACUGAACAUGCAAGCCAUGCCAGAAGGCGGGUACUGCGUUCGAUUCCUGGACCUUCUCCAACUGGACUGGACGCUAGAGAACUUGUGGUCUCCCAUUGUGCCUUUUUGUCACCGUAUGAAGUUCGAGGUGGAGUACAUGCCGAAAGACUACAUUAGCGCCAUCAGCAAACUCUACAAGCAGUUUAAAGACCCAUCAUUAGAGACCUCAGAACGAACCUCUAUACUGUCCAAGAUCUUUGACAUCUGCCUGCAAGCUGCUGGACCAGCCAGAGAGAUGCAGGAGAGCUUCGAAUCAGACCCUGAAACCACUGGUCGCCUCCACGAGCGUCGCACAACAAUCGAUCAAGAACCGGACGUGCCGAACGUGGAAAAAUCACCGAAAAAACCUUCUGGCAAAGAGAAUAAGCCCCAAAAUCGCAAAACUGACAUGGCGCCGCCUAAAACUAUUCCUAAGAAGGCUAAAAAGAGUAAACCAUAUCAGGAUAAUACAGAUGAUAGUCGGAAAAGCGUUAAAAGAACUACUCAGAGUGAUAAUAGGUAUGACGCGAAAAGAUCAAGAAUUGAUGAUAGUGAUAAUAACACGAGUAAAGCUGGAUUGAAAGGUGGUAGUACUAUUCAAGAUAAAGUUGAACCAGCAGUUGCUACUUCAGAAGUUCAAAAAAGAAAUGACAAACAACUUGUCAGUACAGAGAAAGACGUUGGCUCGGAAAUUAAUGGACAGAAAAAGAUAUCUGGUAAAACGACGACAAAAACUGUGAAAGAAACUGCAAAAGUUAUAGUUCGUCCUGAGAGUGAUGCCGCGAAAAAGGGAGACAGCAACAUUAUUCAGUCUAAAACUUCUAGUAACACCGAAGUUGUUGGUAUUCAAAAUACCAAUGAGAAUAAAGAUGAUGGUUCAAAGAAUAGCAGUGAGGUUCGUUCAAAAAUUACCAAGAAAAGGGUCGAGAAAAAUAAUGACAAAAAUGUUAAUUCUAAAGAUUCGAAAACAGGUAACGCUGGAAGAUCUGAAAAAGAAACUGAAAACACAGAAAAGACACAAAAUGAUAAAACUGUGAACAAGAAUAUUGUUAAGCAAAAAGAGAAGGCUGUAAUAGAAAGGGAUAACUUAAACCCGAAGAAAGAUACAGAGAACUCUACAAAUGUUAAACCUACUGUUAAAAAUACUGUCAAGUCUAAAGAUAAGAAUAAGGAAAACAAUACUUUAAGCUCAACAAAUUCAGAAACUACAACAACUACUAAGAACGACAGUAAGAAAGUGGUCAGUUCCAAAAACGAUGACAAUAUUGGGAGUUCAAAACGCGUAACGAAAAAUUCUGAAAAUGCUGAAGAUGUUACCUCGAAAAUCAAAAAUACUUUAAAUGGUGUUGGUAUUUCUAAAAGAGCUACAUACACCAAGGACGAUAAUACACAAGAAAAUGUAAGUAAUAAGAAAAAUAUGAAUAACAAGGAAACUGUUAGUAGAGCAAUUUCUAAAUCAGCAGCAUCACCAGCAAAAGAUAAACCAGUACCAAGAAACAUCAAAGAUAAUGAAGAAAACGGAGUUCCCAAGAAGGUUACUAAAAAUGCUGAUAAAGAUACAAAUUUAGAGGGUGCAGCCGGUAAGACAGGAUCAGAGAAAACUAAAACUAAUGUUCUUAAAAAAUCUAAAGGCAACGCAACAAAGCCAAAUGAUGUGAAAAAUGGUGAGAUCAAUAACAAAGAUGUUACGAAAGGCAAUAAUGAUAAAAAUACAAAAAUAUCUAGCGAAGUAUCUGAAAGCAGAGUUGUUAAAGAAAAGCAGGCAGAAAGUGCUAAAAUUACUACUAAAGACAAUACAGAUAAAGAAAACUGUCAGGCAGGAGAGAAAAGAAAAAAUAAUCCUAAGACCACUGAGCAGAAAACUGGUCAAGAUAAUAAUAAAAUGACAGUCAAUAAAACUUUUACAAAAACAAUAAGAAAUGAUGAACAAAGCGAGAAAACUGAUGACGUCGUAGCAAAGAAAAGUAAAACUACAGAACCAGUAACUAAGAACGUAAAAAAUAACAAUGAACAGCCUAAGAAAUCUACUGCUGAUACAGAAAAUUCUAAAAACAAUCCUAACGCAACCGUAAACACAAGAAUUUUAAAAGAAAAACCAAAUCGCAAUGAAACAUUACAAAAAGCUGUCGGAAAUAACAGAAUUAUUCAAAACAAUACAAAUAAAACAAACCAGAAAAUAAAUAACAUGCCUAAUGUGAUUAAAUCUAAAAUCCUACCUAUAUCAAAACUGACAGAAGAAAAACAGAUAAAAAUCGCAGAUAAGUUAAAAACUAAGAUACCAAUGAUGAAAAACAAAAUGAAGUUUUCUUCACUAAGUAACAAACUAGGAAUGAACAAUGCAGGUAAAAAUAGUAACGCGGAGGAAAAGAUUAAGAUUUCACAGAAGAGUCUGCCCGUUUUCAAGAAAGUCGCAAAAAAUCUACCCACCAGACACAGCCCAAGAAAACUGCCAACGUUCAAGCCGGCGUCCAAAGGGUUUUCAAACAAGUAAACAAUAAUUCAGGGGCAUUUUGAUGACAUUAAGGAUAGACAAAAAUGUAAAUAAACAAGCAUGAUUGUAAAUUCUGUUGUUCAAUAAGUCUUCCUAGCGUUUGCCUCGGCUUAUUGCCACGGGAGCCUGGGGUCCGCUUGGCAACUAAUCCCAAGCAUAGAGAAAUAAGAAGUAAUAAGAGUGCUCACUCCAUACAUUAGUUUUGGUACCAAAAUUAUUAUUAUAGACGCAGUCGACAUCUAGCAUCGAGUAGUGUAAGCGUAGGAGUUGAAAAUAGAGUUCCGGUUAUUCUAGUU